GAUGAUUCCAAUCUCAGCUCGUAGUUGAAGGCCAGGCUGGAUUCGCUCGGUCUAGUCUAAAUCCCGUCAUAACCUAAGGUAUGGACGUUUCGAAGCAUCGUGCCAGCUAAGGAGUCGUCCCGCCGUCGAAGCUAUUCGCUAUUUUGAAUUCCUCCUUGUCUCAGCAAUUCUUAUGUGAUACGACGACCUAAGAAGCCGCGCGAACCAUACUGGGAAACCCGUAUCCUUCAAGAAACGAAGAGACCUGUCCGAUUCGCUGCCGUGAAGCUAUAUAAUCCGCCAUGAGUUCGAGUGGGGGAGAUGCAAAGCUGUUCGCUAGGGGCAAAGUUGCCGAGCUCCGGCAGGAACUCAACAGCGGCGGCAAGAAGGACAAGAACUAUUCGGCCAAGAAGAUUGCGUUGAAGAAGAUCGUUGCCAACAUGACCAUGAGCAACAACGAUAUGAUCGCCUUGUUCCCGGAUGUUAUCGACUGUAUGAAUUUGCCGAGCUUGGAGAUCAAGAAGAUGUGCUUUCUAUUCCUGGUCAACUACUCAAGGAUGAAGCCUGACAUCGCACUAAAGGCUCUUCCUAUAUUAAUUAAUGAUAUGGAGGCGACGAACCCGCUUGUCCGCGCUUUGGCGCUUCGAACAAUCGCGUAUAUCCAUGUUCGAGAAUAUGUCGAGGCCACUGUACAACCGCUCAAGAGGCUGAUGGGAGAUAUGGAUCCCUAUGUUCGCAAGACGGCCGCUUUUUGCGUAGCCAAACUCUACGAGCAUGAUAGGAAGAUGGUGGAGGCAUCCGAUUUGAUUGACCGGCUGAAUGCGAUGCUGAAGGAUGAAAACCCAACGGUUGUUUCAAGCGUCCUGGCUUCAUUAGUGGAUAUCUGGGGACGAAGCGAAACAAUAUCUUUGACGAUUGAUUACGCAAGCGCGUCUAAACUGGUAUCAAUCUUACCAGACUGUUCAGAAUGGGGUCAAUCCUAUAUACUGGAAGCCCUAAUGUCCUAUGUUCCACAAGAUUCCGCAGAAGCCCUCCUUUUGGCGGAACGUAUCGCUCCUCGACUCUCUCAUCAGAACUCCGCCGUUGUCCUCACUUCCAUCCGCGUCAUCCUCUACCUUAUGAACUAUAUCGCCGAAGAACGGCAUCUCACAUCACUCUCAAAGAAAUUAUCACCACCUCUCGUGACGCUUCUGUCCAAACCGCCAGAGGUGCAAUAUCUUGUCCUCCGCAAUGCCAUUCUUAUCCUGCAGAAGCGGCCCGAAGUUCUGCGUAACGACAUUCGGGUCUUCUUCUGCAAUUACAAUGACCCAAUCUACGUCAAGGUGACCAAGCUCGAGUUGAUAUUCAUGUUGACCACUAAGGAGAACAUCUCAGUUGUGCUGGCAGAACUGAGAGAGUACGCAACUGAGAUCGAUGUCCACUUUGUGCGCAAGGCAGUCCGGGCGAUUGGGAAACUGGCCAUCAAGAUCGAGUCCGCUGCCAAACAGUGUAUCGAUUGUCUCCUGGACUUGGUAAACGCCAAGAUUCCGUAUAUCGUGCAAGAGGCAACCGUCGUCAUCCGUAAUAUCUUCCGCAAAUACCCCAACCAGUACGAAAGCAUCAUCGGCCAAGUCAUCCAAAACAUCGAUGACCUGGACGAACCAGAAGCCAAGGCGGCCGUAAUCUGGAUCAUUGGCCAGUACGCAGACCGCAUCGAGAACUCAGCCGACCUCUUGCAAGACUAUCUCGCUACAUUCCACGACGAGACAAUUGAAGUGCAACUCUCCCUUCUUACAGCAACUGUCAAGCUCUUCAUCCAGCGCCCAACGAAGGCCCAGCAACUCGUUCCGCAAGUCCUAAAAUGGUGUACAGAGGAAACAGAUGAUCCGGAUCUCCGUGACAGAGGAUACAUGUACUGGCGUCUUCUUUCAUCUGACCCAACAACCGCCCGCCAAGUCGUCAUGGGCCAGAAACCACCCAUCUCCGCUGAGAGCGAGAAACUCGACAACCGCACCCUCGAGGAACUCUGCCUCAACGUCGGAACCCUCGCAACGGUCUAUCUAAAGCCUGUACAACAAGUUUUCAGGUCCGCGCGUACCCGUCGUCUCCAGUACAGUCCGGCUCUUCAAAAACGGGUUGAAGAAUACGGCUCAAACUCCUGGCAAUUCCCGGCACCACCUCUAAGCCUAAACCCCGUUACUUCGCCCACUGCGGCAACCGCAACGUCAGCGAACGGAUCCGCUUCGACGCCAACGGGGAACACGAGCGCCGCCAUUAGUGCAGCGGAUAACUACUUCAAUAGCGUUGCCGUAGGAACACAGCAGAUGGCCGCCUUGGAUUUGGGCGGGCGGGAGGAUGGAGGGUUCGGUGGUGGUGGCGCGCCGCAGACGCAGUAUGUUGUUAAUCAGAGCCAGCAGCAGGCGUAUCAGCCGCAUUUAGCAGGGGGAGCGGCGACGGGGGAGCUGUUGCUGCUGUGAUUGAUGCUUGGAGGGAGGUUAUCUUAAUUUCAGCUUGUAUUCGUAGUUUUCGCACAUUAUAGCGAAUUU